AUGUCUGCAACCGUAAAAACGACGGUGCAGUUAGAGCCCACGACUCCGCAAUCCACGACCAAGGGGAAGGCGCAACUCACGACAAAAUCGAAGGCCAAGACCCAGCAGCAACCCCCGAAGAAAUCAAAGACGAAGGAAGAGUCGAAACCUACGAAAAAAUCAAAGACAAAGGAGCUGCCUCAGCCUACAAAGAAAUCGAAUACAAAGGCACCAACGAAAACGCAGACGAAGCCUCAGCCUACAACAAAGGCCCUAAUAGUUAUUUUGGGAAGGGUUGGAGUGGGGAAGAGCUCGUUCAUCAACACUUUGGCGGGAAAUGAUGACCUGCGAGUCGGUCAUUCAAUGGAGAGGGAGACUCGACAGUCGUCGGUCGUGGAAAUUUCUCGUCCUAACUCAGAGGACACUAUCGCAUUCCUCGAUUCACCUGGGAUCGAUGGCGAUAGACCUGUUGAUGAGGUACUUAGAUAUCUUAACGGCUGGUUAAAGAGGUCAGCAUAA